UGGAGUCCACAAGAACCCUUAGGGUCGUUAAGUCCAUCUUCCCACCAACUGCGAACCCCUUCCACCGCAUUCCCGGGGUGUGGCUCCCCAGGCUCUGCUGAACUCCAGGGACGAGAGCCCUCUCUUAUUGGACACUAAUUCCAAGUUUCUUCUGUUGAUAGGGAAAACUCUUCCCCCUCCUAACCUCUCUGGGUCCUGUUCUGCCCUUUAGAAUGAGCAGCCUUCGUUUUUCCUUUUAAUCAAAGUUCCCAUUGUAUCUCUUUUCAGAAACACACAUUCUUGCAUCAAACAUUGGAUGAUCAGCUGCCCGAAGGCAGACUUUGGGUGGUGAACGGUGAUCGCUCGGUGCUGGUGUGGUGCCUGGCAUGGUGGGCACCGGGGAAGACUUGUGCCCUGGAGUCCAGGAUGUGCUCGUGGGAUAAGCUGGAGCCCUUGCUUAGGUUACUUGGUUCUAAGCAGGGGUUUCUAGCGUUCAUAGUGAGGCAGAGCCAGAGCUGGCACAGAGGACACCCCCGUCUGCACUGAGCGGUGGCACCGUCCUCAGGAGGAGAGUGCGCCCAGGAGCCGGUCAAGUGCAGGUCAUUCAGUAAAAGAUGUUUUACACCUGACACACGAAGCAGUGAUUUAAUCUUACUCCUCGUGAUGCACUCCAAUUUCUGUUCAUUCAAAAGAAGCACUAGUUUCUGACCCGCUAGUGGGUGGUCAGUAGCAGUUUGAAAAACACUGGACUUGAGCCUGGCCACUCCGGUGUCAGCAUCACCCGGGUGCUCGCUAGAAUGUGGGGCCUUGGCCCUCCUUGCACAACAUGAGAAUCUGCAUUCUAGUCUUAACUUCAUUUGGGCGGUUUGGUUCACAUCACAGUUCGAGAAGGCCUGGGUGAGACGACAGCGUCUGGCCUGCUGGCUGGGGAACCAUCACUGGGUUGUCCUUGCCUGCGAUUUGGCGAAACCAGGCGAUCUGCUCUAAGUGGCUCCCUCAGCCCUCUUGCCUCCUUGUUUCUUCUGCCUGUAGCAGAGUCAGCCCUUCUCUUUAUGGGCAGAAUUGCAGGUUGUCAGCUCCUUACCCAAGGCUACAUGUAUACCAUGUGGAAUUGCUCGGUUUUGUCGGCACGGCCUCCUGCUUGCUGUGGGCAUGAUUAGGAGGAUGUGGGACUUCUUUAGAAGCAAGUGCACGUGAAUUGCAAAGGAAGAGCAAAUCUGCCCUAAACACAGCAAAGACCCGCGUCUUUCAUGAAGGGUUCAGUCCCACCCAGAAGCGCCUGUGUGGGCACUGAUUGCUCUGGCAUCUGCGUCACUGCUUGAGUGUGAAGGAGGAAGGGGUGCAGGCUUCACAGGUAAGUACACAAAAAACCAGCUGCAGGUUGAGCUAAAAAUACCCCCAGGCUCCAAAGAGACCCACGUCCACAAAACACCGAUUUCAGGGCUGCCAGGAAAGACGAGCAGCCGCAGAGCUGGAGAGGAGCCGGUCAGCCCGCAGGAUGCCGCUGCCCCUCUGCCUGCUGCUGCUGCUGCUCUCCGCGGCCACCGCUGCCCUGCCUCCGGAGGGUGGCCCUGCCGGCCAGGACAGCGCCAGGGAGCAUUUGCAGGAAGCGGCAGAAAUGAAGAACAGCCUGUUGACUUUCCUGGCUUGGAGGUACGCGCGGACCUCCCAGGCCAGAGCAGCGCCCUUCAUGGGAGGGGCGGCCGGGGAGGUGUCCAGGCGGCAGGAAGGCCCGCCCCCGCAGCAGUCCGCGCGCCCAGAUAAGGUGCCCUGCAAGAACUUCUUCUGGAAAACCUUCUCCUCCUGCAAGUAGAACCCCACCGAUUACUCAUGCAAGGAAGUGCAACGAUGGAGCCAAAUAAAAUGUAUUAAGCAGCCGUGACCUUUCUUUA